GUGACGUCACAGAGUCGGUACGGAAGAUGGCUCCGCGGUGCGUUAACGCGACUCCUGGAUGCGUCAGAGCUCAACAGCCACAACACACGCUCUUGUGAAAAGGAAGGAGGGAUAAAAAGAAGGGGAAAAAGAACAGGAGGUGCGGAAGGAAGAAAGGAAGGAAGGCGAAGCCUGUGAUCUGCGCUGUGUAAAAUCAGUUUAUGCGGUGCGCCGGCUGUGCGCAAGAAGUGCGGGGCGAUGGGUUCAGCCACGGAGGAAGAAUUUAAAGAGAAAUUGCUAUGGAACGUGAAACGAGAGGUGAAGCAGGUUAUGGAGGAGGCAGUCACCAAGAAAUUCGUCCAUGAAGACAGCAGCCAUGUCAUCGCUCUGUGCAGUGCUAUUGAGGCUUGUCUGGGCCACAUGCUGAAGCGGAGAGCUGCAGGCUUUCUCCGCAGCGAUAAGAUCGCUGCCCUCUUCACCAAGAUCGGGAAGGUGUACGCCAUUGCUGAAGAGGUUUGCCGUAAGGUCCAGGAGCAGCUACAGCAGCAGGCUGACAUCACCAGAAGAACCCAGAGCACAAGUGGACAGGAGCCUCUGCGCAGGCAGGGUUCAUCUUCAGGCCGAGUUCCUCAGCCUCUUUCAGCUCAGGCCAUCAAGCACAUCUGGGUCCGCACUGCCCUUUUUGAUAAAGUCCUAGACAAAAUAGUGCAGUAUAUUGUAGAUAACUCAAGUAAGUAUUAUGAGAAAGAAUCCCUGAUGCAUGACUCUGUAUUCGGCCCAAUCUUGGCAGCGCUUCUGGUUGGGCCUUGUGCUCUGGAAUACACAAAGCUGAAGACUUCAGAUCACUUCUGGACAGAUCCUUCAGCCAAUGAGCUGGUUCAGAGGCACAGGAUCCAUGGAGCACAUCGAGUCCAGGAGGCAUCACCCAGCCGCAGACCUGCUCUGGGGAUCCGUAAGCGACAGUCCAGCGGGAGCAUGUCCGAGGAUAAGUUUGCGGCCUCUGCAAGGGAAUACGUGGAGUCUCUUCAUCAGAACUCUCGCGUACAUCUGCUUUAUGGAAAGAACAAUGUGCUUGUUCAGCCGAAGAAGGACAUGGAGGUGUUGAGGGGUUACCUGUCUUUACAUCAGUCUGCUGACACCCUCACACUGAAAUGGACACCCAACCAGUUAAUCAACGGCACUCUGGGAGACUGCGACCUGGAGAAGAGUAUUUAUUGGGACUAUGCGCUGACCGUACCCUUAAGACAGAUUGUCUGCAUCCACUGUCACCAACGGCCCGAUUGUGGUGGAACUCUGGUGUUGGUGAGUCAGGAUGGGAUCCAGCGGCCACCUCUUCACUUCCCUCCCGGAGGCCACCUGCUGGCCUUCUUGUCUUGCCUGGAGACUGGGCUAUUACCCCGGGGGCAACUGGAGCCCCCACUCUGGUCCCAGAAGGGCAAGGGUAAAGUCUUCCCCAAGCUGCGUAAAAGAAACAGCACCGCUCGGUUGGUAGAUCAGGACAGUGAUGAUGAACCGGUUGCUGCAGACUACGUGUUCCGCAUCGUUUACCCAGGACACCGUUACGACUCCAUCACUAUAAACUACCACCACACCACGGGCAGUCGUGCGCCCUCUCUGGACGACGAUGAGGAGGAGGAAGAUAGACUUCACGCAAUGAUCUCAAUGAUCUGCUCGCGGAACCUCACAGACCCUAAUGUCAUGAAAGACCAUGGGGACAUGGAUAUGCAGGGCUUCGGAGGCAGCCCAUCGUCAUGGCAGCAAGCCGAGAAUGCCAGUCAUGCGUCUUCAUGCUUGUCCUGCUCUGUUGGGGGCAGGAGCUUGUCUAUAGAGCUUCCUGGAGCGUGCACCUGUAUACAUGAACGAAUCCCCCUCAAGAUGCUUUGUCAUAACAUGAAGAGGCAGAUUGUCUCCAGAGCCUUCUAUGGCUGGCUUGCCUACUGUCGACAUCUGUCCACGGUGAGAACACAUCUGUCAGCACUGGUCAACCACAACAUUGUCCCACCAGACAAACCUUGUGAAGCAUCUGGAGGCCUCAGCAAAGACGUCUGGAGCAAAUACCAAAAAGACUGUAAGGUUGGUAACUACAAGGAGCUGGAGUUGCUCCGGUUGGUUUAUUAUGGUGGUGUGCAGCAUGAGAUCAGGAAAGAGGUGUGGCCAUUUUUGUUGGGCCAUUAUAAGUUCGGCAUGGGGAAAAAAGACAUGAUGCAGAUUGACGAGAAGAUCGCAGCACGCUACAAACAGGUGAUGAGAGAGUGGAAAGCCUGCGAAGUGAUUGUAAAGCAACGGGAGAAGGAGAUGCAGUCAGCCAUAUUUGCCAAACUCUCAUCGGGUAGCAGCAUUGACAGCCACGUCAUGAAACUCAUCCACAGAGACUCGACUCUCAGCAACGAGGUGUUCAUGUCAGUGGAUGAACCUGAUGGGGCUGGUCAGGACACUCCAUGUGAGAGUGAUAACACCCCCACCAUGACCACUGUGGUUAAUCCGGUCGCUCUGGCUCCUGAUGAGAGGUCACUAGUGGAGUUUGACUCUCCAGACUCAGGCCUCCCUUCUUCGAGGAACUACUCAGUAGCGUCAGCACACUCCCAGAUUUUGUCAAGCAUCGAUGAUGGACAGAGUAUGGAGGAGGAGCCAGGAGAAGUGGCAACACCUAGGGGUGGACUGGUAGAGCCAAGCGAGCGAGAUUCACUGAGUGAGGACAGGCUGUGCAGUCAGCUGGAUAAACUGGUUACUAACAGUGAUGUUCCACCAUCAUUCUCCUCAUAUACGAUUGAGCUGUUGGACACAGUGGCUCUGAACCUGCACAGGAUAGAUAAGGAUGUUGCACGCUGCGACCGCAACUACUACUACUUCACCUCGAGCAACCUGGAGAAACUGCGAAACAUCAUGUGCAGUUACGUGUGGGAGCAUCUAGAGAUGGGCUAUGUGCAGGGCAUGUGUGACCUCCUGGCCCCUCUGAUGGUCAUUUUGGAUGAUGAGUGCCUUGCCUACAGCUGUUUCACACAGUUAAUGAAGAGGAUGAGUCAGAAUUUCCCCAAUGGAGGAGCCAUGGACACUCAUUUUGCCAAUAUGAGGUCCUUGAUACAGAUCCUUGACUCUGAGUUGUUUGAGCUCAUGCACCAGAAUGGAGAUUACACUCAUUUCUACUUUUGCUACCGCUGGUUCCUUUUAGAUUUCAAGAGAGAGCUGCUCUAUGAGGAUGUAUUCGCUGUGUGGGAGGUGAUCUGGGUGGCACCUCGGAUCUCCUCGCAGCAUUUUGUACUGUUCAUUGCGCUGGCUCUGGUGGAGGUGUACCGGGAAAUCAUUCGCGACAACAACAUGGACUUUACAGACAUUAUCAAGUUCUUCAAUGAAAUGGCUGAGAGGCAUGAUGUCCAGCACAUUCUGAGGAUAGCCCGCGAGCUGGUACACAAGGUGCAAACACUCAUAGAGAACAAGUGAAGCUCACAUCCAGCUUCAACACUCAGUUUUGCAUUACUCCUUCCACCUGUGGUCCAGUCAGCAGUCCCUGUACUGAGAGCUAGAGGGGGAAGUGAAGCACGCUGGGUCUCGGUGACUCCCCGGGGUAAAGCGAUGACACUGCUCGGGACCUGCAGUUAGAAUAAAUGGCCUGAAUCGUCCUUUUCUGUAUCCUUUGCCUGUAACGGAACGCCAAUGUGUUGGCUGUUGGAGUUGUCUGCAUGCAUGUGGGAUUUGAGCACACUGUGACUGAUUUUUCUUUCUGAUCUUUCUAUUUUUUGGUUUUCUUUCUUUCUUUUUUUUUUGUCCGUACACUCCUCCAGUAUACGCUGCAUCCACUGGGUCCUUUCAGUGUCCACUUUCUGGAAAAAAAAAAAAUCUUCAGCCUCAAGAUUGCCACAGUGUAGUCCUGUUUUUACAAAUGACUGUUUUUUUCUUCUCGGCCAAAUGUACAGAAAGUAUCCCGCACUUCUCUGUGACUCUCAGGAGAAUCCCUUCUUCUCUUCGUCUGCCUUUAUUAGCUAUGGCACUGAACAGUACAGUUGAGCACAUUUUUUCUGGAUCAACAGAGCCUGACAUUACAGUACUGAAGAAAAAGCAGAAGCUGCCUAACGUCAAAUCCACUAAAGAACUAAGCCACGAAGAAGUCAUUAAAGCAUCGAUUUGUGACCAAAAGGACUGUGCCAAUUAUAUGACCUUGUCAUAGUAUUUGUCUGCCUUGUAUUUGUCUUUGACUUUGCUGGCCUUGUUUUCUCUCUUAGAUCUUCUGGAUCUUUUCUGAUGGUUCAAAAUAAGGUGGCUACUUUUGCACUUUUGCACAUCUCUCCCUUCCUCAAUCCAAAAGAGGGACAAGGGAAUGGAUGUGUAAUUCCCAGAAUUCUCGCUGAUCUGAAAUGACCUUGACGUGGAGACACAGAUGCGAGCUGCUUCCACAUGAAGGCUGCAAGGCUGCAUUAAAAAAAAAAAAGGGCAAUGUGACGUGUCUCAAUGUAUUUCACAUCAAGAAUGGUGCAUGGCUUCUUUACACAAACUAGUAUAUAACUGUGCACUCGUUUGCAGCUGUAUAAACAUUCCUAAAUUUAACAGAAAGUCUCAAAAGUGUCCUGCAGAAGAUGAUCAUCCUUAUAUUUUAGCCAAAGCACCUUCUCAGUACACACAGCACUCUUGGUGCUAGAAACCUAAACAUUGACCAUUAAUGUCUUCCCCUAUCCUGAGCUACUGCUGCCUACAGUAAUUCCUCCAAACACCCUUCUCAAGUCCCUUCAGAUUCUUUGUACUGCCUGAAAGCUUCUGUGUCCAUUAUCAGGUAGCGGUUCCUUAGCAGCCCUGUAUAUUUUCUGUGCCUCAGACCCUGCAGAUCACUUGUCUUCAUUUUGUGAGUGUGUGUGAUGGACAUGAUACAUCCUAUGAAAGGUUACUUCCAAAAGGAGCUUGUGUACCAAAGCCUCCAGAACAUCAUCCUUAGUGUCAUACAGCUGUGGAACCUUCACGCAUAACUCAAAGACUGUUGAAUGAAAAUAAACAUCAUCUUAAUUUUUACUGUGAAACACUUAAUUUAUUAUCCCCUCCCCCCUCCCCCCAUGUCCUACUACUGUAGUGUAAAUAAGAGUAAAAGCUCUGAGGCCCAUAAAGGCAACUGUAUUUUAAACUCUAAUUUUUUUUUUUAAAACUUUUGGUUGUAGAGAUGUGCUUCAGUAAACACUGUAUAACUGGAGAACUGUACAGUUUGAAUGUGCGAAGCCUUUGUUACAUGUUGACUGUUAUGGUCUUUAUUCAUGUUGUGCCCUGGAUUCUAUGGAUUUGAAAAUUCUAUAUUUUGUUUUUGGAUGCUAAACUCUGAAUGCUGAAGUAUGUAUUUUAAUGGAUGUAUAAUUUUACCUUGAAUGUAUUACUAAAAAAA